AUGCAGUUAGAGCAGUACUCUCAGGAUGCCUUUCAAAUUCGUGUGUGUACGUAUUUUCAGAAAAAGCCUGCGAAAAGAAAAUACACCAGGAGAACCACAGCCACCAGCCAGAGGGCUACUGCGGAUGUAGCUCACGAAGAGACCGUUCCGACUCAGACAACAGCCCCAACCGCUCCUACAGUUACACCUCCUAGUGACUCAGAUGACAUGAGGGCAAGAGUGAGGAGGUUUUUUGGUGGUCUAGAUCCCCAUUUAUACGAUAGGACCACUAUUGCUGCACAGAACGGGAGAAUGGCUAUCUCCAAGAUGGUUGCUUUCAAAGAGAAAGACAAGGAGUUCAAUAAGAUGGUCAAGUCUACCGGACAGUUCAGCGAUAAUGGGAAUAGGAAAUUCCUUAAGAACAGGUUAGCAGGACCUGCUCUAUCCAUAGCAAGUGCCCCAGUCUCUAAGUUCAAACAUGACAAGAAGCAGAAUUUCAAGCCAUCAAGUUCUUACUCUCAGGCUAGUAAGGACUGCCCAUCAGCUAGGCAAGGUACUGGAGGUAACGUGGCGCAGUCCACAAAUUCAGCAGCUCCUCGUAACAAUCAGGCCCAGCAAAGGCACAAUGCAGCUAAGUCUGGAAACGCAGGCGGAGGACGAAACCGUUUGGAGAUGGCACAUCAGGAAGAAGAGGAUGACCCUGUAUACACAUUGGAAGAAGCACUCACAAUAGUUGGAAUUGGUAAAUUCCAAUAUAUGUCGAUGUGUUAUGCAGGUCUUGGUUAUAUUACAGAUGCUGCAGAGACUAUGAUUCUGUCAUUUAUAGGACCAGCUCUAAGGUCCCAAUGGACACUUUCUCCUACUCAAGAAAGCCUUAUCACAACUGUCGUUUUCGCUGGCAUGGUUUUCGGAGCUGUUUUUUGGGGCUUCAUCACAGACACUUAUGGAAGAAGGAGGGGUCUUCUAAGUGUGGCGAUAGUGACUGCAGUAUCUGCAGCAGUCAGUACCUUUUCUCCAAAUUAUAAUUGGUUGCUUGUUGUGCGUAUGAUGGUUGGAUUUGGAGUAGGUGGUGGACCUUUAUAUGGAUCUUGGUUUCUUGAAUUUGUUGGGCCAUCGACCUGCCACCAGAAGAAGGUGGCUACGGCUGCCACUGCUGAUGUGGCCGAGCCCACUGCUGGGUGGGAUACGGGCAAGGGGGAGCCCAUUGCGGCAUCCACCCCCAUGGCCACGGUGAAGGGGACUGCUGCCACUGCUGUAGUGGUGAAGAGGACUGCUGCCACUGCUGCUACAUAG